AUGGGUUUUGUUGCUUCAUUAACUGAAGAACUAGGAGCAUUAACAACAUCAGCGAAUACAAUCAAAGAAAAAAUAAUAAUCAUGCGAUUUUAUUCUAUGGAAAAAAGUUCACCAUUUGAUAUACAUACAGGUCCUCUCGAUCUUAAAUUUCCUCAUCAUGCCAAUGAAAUUGCUUUAUCUCAAGCUUAUGAUGAUAAUGUUUGCUGCAUUGGUUAUUUUUUAUUCAUCUUUCUGGUAAUAUUUAAUGAAGACAAAACGUCAACAUCAUCAAAAGAAAUUAUUACCAUAACUAAUGCACUUGAAGAUUAUCAUACUGAUGAUAUCCGUCUAUUAUUUUUACUUAAUGAUUUUGAAAAACCAUUAGAUUUUAAUAAUAAAAUAAUAGAAGAAAUUACAGAAUAUAAAGAAUCAAUUAAGUCCACAAAGCAAGCCAAUUGA